AUGUCAACCGACCCCAAAUUCGACGCGCUCCACAAGCAGCUCUUCGACGAGGGCCUCCAGAUGCGCCGCAGCGUCGUCGGAGACGAGUACGUCAACCGCGCGCUCACGAACGGCGCGACGGAGUUCUCGGCGGAAGGCCAGAAGCUCGUGACGGAGUGGUGCUGGGGUUACGCCUGGACGCGCCCGGGCCUGGAGAAGAAGCAGCGCAGCCUCCUCAACAUCGGCAUGCUGAUGGCCCUGAACCGCGCGCCCGAGCUGGCCGUGCACAUCCGCGGCGCGCGCAACAACGGCCUCACCGAGCUGGAGAUCAGGGAGGCCAUCCUGCACUGCACCACGUACUGCGGCGUGCCGGCGGGCAUCGAUGCCAUGAAGACGGCCGAGAAGGUGCUGGACGACAUGGCGGAGAAGGGCGAGAAGGAGAGGGAGUUGGGCGCCAAGGUCUCUUUUUCGUGA